AUGGAGUUCCGAUUUGUGGACGAACAUGACCCCGCUGCGCUACGUCGACGUUGCCUGCAAGCGGAACGUACCUGGAGAUGGCGGCAGCGGCAAAGGGCCAAACAAGAUAUUGAGACCACAAACCAUCAUGCUGAGUCGUCUCGAACAGUUGAGUCUAUGGCGGAGAAUGUGCAGACGAGACCAGAGAACGGUUCGUUGGCCAACACUGGGGAGUUUGGAUCUGACAAAAGCUCUUCCGAGGACAUUUUUAUCACUCCUAGUCAGGAAGAUGAUGAUCUGGGCAUAAUCGACACCGAUCCAGCCUAUUACGACGAAGAACCAGUCGACGCCCAUAGUGCCGAGGAGCGCGAAGAUCAUACAGAGUCUGGGAGUCCAGAGGUCUAUGCUGAAAUGCAAGCAGAUCUUCUUCAUGACAACACCUGGAACGAUUUUCAAUACGCCACGGAGAAGUUUGUUCAGCAAUAA